AUGCACGCUAACACGGUGCCUCAGCACUUAUCGGUUCGUGGAUCUCAAGAUUUGGAGUUCCUGCUCACAACAGACCAAGGAAGACAGUUCGAGUCCAAAUUGUUCCAUGAAUUGUCACGAAUGCUAGGAAUAGAUCACCUUCGCACAACAGCAUAUCACCCGCAAGCAAAUGGAAUCAUCGAACGCUGGCACAGAACAGGAAAGGCAGCCAUCAUGUGCAAAAAUUGCGUAAAUUGGCCAAAGAAACUUUCAAUGAUCCUGCUCGGGUUGCGAUCAGCAUUUAAGCCAGUCAUCCAAACAACAUCAGCACAACUUGUGUACGGCACAACCCUUCGCCUUCCAGGAGAAUUUUUUCAUCAAGAGUCUAAUAUCCAACCGCAAACUGACUUCGCAAAGGAACUGGAGGAAAUUAUGCGAGAAAUACGGCUAAUACAUACGGCACAUCACGACACAUCUAAGCCUUUCGUUUUUAAAGAGCUGGAACACGCAACUCACGUCUUUCUACGCAACGACACUGUCCGUGGAUCCCUUCAGCCACCUUACGAUGGACCCAAGAUCCAUACGGAGACCCCAGAACCAGGAGUGAAGACACCGCGGCGACCCCUGCGGUUAACCAACCUUCAAGACCUCGUCGUACAAUUAGACUCCCUGUUCGUUUUAGAACAUGAAGUCUAG